AUGUCGACGUUCAACGGCAUUGUGCACGAGUUCCCAGGAAUCGCCAUCGACUUCUUUCGUCCUCAGCCUGAACGAAGUCGUCCACCUCUAGCUUGCUUCUUGAGUCACGUCCACAGCGACCAUCUGGCUGGUUUGGAGACACUGAGAUCUCACUUCAUCUACUGCUCUGCAGCGACACGCGAAAUCCUUCUUCGUCUUCAGAAGCACCCUAGUCGUAUUGCCUACGCCAAUGGGCUGCGCGAGGCUCCAGUCCGCACAUACACGCAUCUCAAGUCGCUCCUGAAAGCAGUCCCACUUGAUACACCAACCGUGCUGGAGCUGGCGCCAGGGAACCACAUUCAAGUGACCCUCAUAGAUGCGAAUCACUGCCCUGGUGCUGUCAUGUUUCUGAUCGAGGGCAAUGGAAAAGCUGUCCUGUACACAGGUGACAUCAGAAGUGAGCCCUGGUGGGUGAACGCCGUUGCCAGGAAUCCAUGUCUUGUGGAAUACGCAUCUGGCUUGAACCUGCUUGACCGCAUCUACCUGGACACCUCUAUGCUCAGCAACCAUGAGCUCCAAACCAAGGCGGAGGGGCUGAAGGAGCUGCUCACUAAAAUCUCUAAGUACCCUGACGACACCGUGUUCUGCAUGCAGGCAUGGACCUAUGGGUAUGAAGAAGUCUGGAUUGCACUUUCGAAGGCGUUAAAGUCCAAGAUUCAUGUCGACAAGUACAAGAUGGGUGUCUACAAGUCGCUUGUCACCAAGUCGUCGCAGGACAGGUUUAGUACUCACUUCCACCAUACGAAAGAAGCCCCAUAUCUCGUGGGCUUCAACUGCGGCAACACUCGACACGAGGGCUGUUUGACACUGGAUGAGAACGUUCGCAUUCACAGUUGCGAGAAGGGAACAUCUUGCUCCGUUAUGCAGACAAAGCCCAUUGUCUGGAUUCAGCCGAUAGUCGCUCACAUUGCAGAUGGGAUGGAUUGGGCUGAGGUAGGACUUGGCGGUGGAGGCGACGACCUGGAGCAGGAGGCUGAUGUCGAAGACCUUACACUGGAGCACCUGCAGCCCCUUUUUGACAUGAUCGGCGAGAGUCGAGAUCUCUCGGUAUGUGCUAAAGAGCAGAUUAAGAAUCUGCUUCGUAGUCUUGUCGCCAAGAGUCGCCUUCCCGAAGCCGAGGUCCCGAUGAGUGAAAUCUCGGAGGACGUACGGACCAGACUGGGGAGCAUAAUAUUCUCCAUGGUCAGGUCUGUGGCUACAGCCAAAGAACUAUCAAGGUCGCUGCCUCGGUCGCAGGCGGCUGCCGACAAGUUGCCAAACCGGAUAACUUUCCCCUAUGCCAGACACUCUUCAUAUCCCGAAUUGCGCCACCUCGUUGAAACCUUUAAACCAAAAGAUGUAUGGCCGUGCACGGUUGACAUCUCGCAUUGGCAGGAGUGCGGUAUCACGAUGCGUAAGCUCUUUGGCCCAUAUUGCUCAGGGAACAUAUUUGAGUACGACCAACUGGUCGAGGAACUGAUUAAGAAGAGGUCCGCCUCUCUCAAUCCACAUGUCCAGAAGGCCAACGACGAGGAGAGUCAACAGACACCAAGCUCAGCUUGCGGAGAACCUCCUACCAGUCCUAUAUUGCUUUCUUCACCGAAAAACGAUCAGUCGCAACUGUGCGAUCGUUCAGGAAACCCAGAUGGGGCCCUAUUGCAUGAAUCAUCGCGGGUAGACCCGGAUCGCACAGAUAUCAUAUCCAUCGCCUCGAACGGUUCUCAGAGCAAUGACGACAAAAAUGAGCCCCUGUUACCAGCUAAGCGACCGUACGAAACCUUCCGGGAGGCUGACGACCCCCGAUUGGAACAUGCAGAAGAUGAGGACCUUGAUCUUCAAGGCGAUUCGCAAGCAUCUGCCUUAAGUGCAAGGGCUCAUGAGUCGCGACUCAGAGCAUACAGGAUUGCGAACGGAAACAGUGAGGACAGGGGAUGGAGAUCAAUCGAGCUGCUGUCAACUAGUCAUAACCAUAAUGCUAUGGAUGAGGAACUAGGCAGUUCUUAA